GACCAUCUUAAUGUUCAUGAUCUAAUCUCAGUGUUUUAAACACAGUUCUGUUGACGUAUUAACUGGUUAACUGUAACCUAAUUUGCAAACUUGUUAAAGAUUUAUGCUGAGCCAGGAACGAGGCUAGUCGCUAAUGCUAACUAGCUAGCUAACAUCCCUGACCAUGAGUUCAUUAAAGUACUCAUCCCCUGCUAUAGAUGAGGUCUGCUGUUUUAAUGUACAUUAGCUAACCUCAGUGUUUUAAACAAGUUUCGUUUGACGUAUCAACUGGUUUAAUUUGCAAACGUGUUAAAGAUUGAUACUGAGCCUAGCACUAGGCUACACGCUAAUGCUAGCUAGCUAGAUAACAUCCCUGACCAUGAGCUCACUAAACUACUCCUCCCUUGCUAAUGAAGAGGGGGUCUGCUGUUUGGAGAAAGAAUCUUUCAGAAUGAAAAAGGAGGAAGAGGAGGCUGUUAUAGUGAAAGAAGAGAAAGAACCGUUUAGAGAGGAAGAUGAUGCUAUCUCAAUAAAGGUGAAGGAGGAAGACGUUUUGGGAGUGAGAGGAAAAGAGGAAGAGACAGAAUAUCAGAUUAACACCAGAGAGAGACAUGACUAUCGUGGAUCCUCUGGGGAGCCUCAACAACAUCCUGAUGCUGACGAGGCAGUGAAGAGUCUCUCCAGAUCAGAACACCAGAUGGACAACGCUAGCACUUCCUCCCUCCCGGAGUCCUCGUGUCGUGCCUCUCCCGGUAGCACCUUACUGCUGGGUAUGAAGAGGUUGUCUGUGCUGCUGGUGGACUGCAGGAAAACAACGGGGCUGAGUGGAACUGUGAGAAGAGGAGAAGAGAUGAAAGGAUCAGAUUGGACUCAUCAAAGAGAAAGACCAGACUCGGAGGAACCAAAGCCAGGGACGUCCAAACUAGCAAGACGACACCAGUGCUCCCACUGUGGAAAGAGUUGUAACCAGAAAGCACAACUGAAAGCUCAUGAGAGAAUACACACAGGAGAGAAGCCUUACCACUGCUCCCAAUGUGGAAAGGUUUUCACCCUGAGAGGACAGCUGAAACAACACGAGAAAAUACACACAGGAGAGAAGCCUUAGCACUGCUCCCAAUGUGGAAAGUGUUUCGUCCGUUUGGGGUACCUGAAACAACAUGAGAGAAUACACACAGGAGAGAAGCCUUACCACUGCUCCCAAUGUGGAAAGUGUUUCCACCAGUCAGGGGAGCUGAAACGGCAUGAGAGAAUACACACGGGAGAGAAGCCUUACCACUGCUCCCAGUGUGGAAAGAGUGUCAACCGGAAAGAGAACCUGAAAGCUCACGAGAGAAUACACACAGGGCAGAAGCCUUACCACUCCUCCCAGGGUGCAAAGCUUUUGCCCAUUUAGGAAGCCUGAAAGAACACAUUAGACUGCACACAGAGGAGAAGGCUUAGAAAAGCUCAGACUGUGGGAAAACAUAUUACUCAUAACAGUCAUUAAAACGUCAUUAGAGAAUCCACACAGGAGAGAUAAAUUAAUUCUCUUAGCGUGUAUGUUGAUAUUUCACAUCACAUGGACUUAAAAUUCAUCAGAGAACAUACACAGUGCUAGCGUUGUCUUAUAUUGUUGACUGACAAUGUGUUUACCUGUCUUUACCAUAUGAAAUUAAAUGGUACAGGGUAUACUCAAACAUAUAUUUGUUUGUUUUUAUUAGAAAACAUGAAUUGAAUAUGGAGUAUGUCAGUUUGAAUAUAAAGAUCAGGUUCCUUCUUUUAAAUUGUCUUUUUUUUAAACUGUGUGUUUAUCUGGGUGUGUCAUAUAAAGAUAUUUGCUAAUCACUCAAUGCUUCAGUAAUUCAGACUGUCUCCACUGC